UUUGAGGCCAUCAGCAAUUUGGUCACUCAUUUUUCCCAAGGCUCACAAGCUGAGGUGACCAAAUCAGUCCCACUUAAAAACCUCAUAAAAACCCUCCCACCAAAAAAAAAAAAAAAUCAAAAAUCAAAAACAAAAACACAAACACAAAAAAACAGUCCAAAACCCAAAAAAUGGCUGCUAAUCAUCAGUUUCCGGACGAUUUCAAGUGCCCGAUUUCGCUCGAAAUAAUGUCCGACCCGGUUAUCCUCUCAUCGGGUCACACCUUCGAUCGCGCCUCGAUCCAACGGUGGUUAGACGCCGGUCACCGCACUUGUCCAAUUACCAAACUACCCCUCCCGGAAAACCCUUCUCUCAUCCCCAACCACGCUCUCCGCAGCCUCAUUUCCAAUUAUGCCCUCGUGUCCCCGCCGAAACCACGGCCUUACCCCGAGCCCCAAACCUUAAUCUUCAAGCUCACCUCGGUUUCUUCGUCUCUUGACUCGAAGCUCAACUCGCUCGACCAGCUCACUAAGCUGUCAAAGCGUGACUCGGCGUUUCGCCGAAAAAUCACCGAGUCGGGCGCCGUAUCGGCCGUUUUGAACUGUAUCGACUCAUCCGAAAACCCGAUUUUGCAGGAGAAAUCGCUCUCUCUGCUGCUCAAUCUCAGCCUCGACGACGAUAACAAAGUGGGUCUCGUCGCGGAGGGCGCGAUCGGCAGAGUCGUCGAGUCUUUGCAAACCGGUUCGGCCGAUUCGCGCGCCGUGGCGGCGACGAUUUUGACGAGCUUGGCGGUCGUGGAGGUGAAUAAAGCGACGAUCGGCGCGUACCCGUACGCGAUACGCGCGUUGGUGGCGCUUCUGCGCGAGGGCAAAGUGCGCGAGAGGAAAGAGGCGGCGACUGCGCUGUACGCGCUCUGCUCGUACCCCGAUAAUCGGCGCCGCGCGGCGCAAUGCGGGGCUGUGCCGAUUCUCGUGGGAAUUGCCGAUUCUGGGCUCGAGAGGGCAAUUGAGGUAUUGGGUCUUUUGGGAAAAAGCAAAGAAGGGAGAGAGGCAAUGGAAAGAGUUAAUGGGUUGGUGAGGGUUUUAGUGAGGGUUUUGAAGAAUGGGAGCGCAAGAGGGGUGGAUUACGCAUUGUUAACAUUGAGUUCUUUGUGUUGUUAUAGCGAAGAAAUGUGUGUGGAGGCAAGGAGAGAAGGGGUUUUGGAGAUUUGUUUGGGCUUGGUGGAGGUUGAGAAUGAGAAGAUUAAUCGAAAAGCUUCGAGUUUGGUUGAGGUUUUGCGUGGAAAUCACUCUUAGCAGUGAUUUUUUUAAAGAAAAAAAAAAACAUAAGAAUUGAGAAAGAUGGGGUUUUUUGGCUUUGGAUGGAGUUAAGGUGAGUUGGGUUUUUUUUUCCUUUUUUUCUUUUUUUGUUAAAUUGUUGUACAAAGAAAAAAAAAUGUAUGUUGUACAUUGUGAAAUAAGGUGAAAAUGAUGAGAGCUAGCGCUCUUUGUUUAGCUGUUUUAAUGGGAAAUUGUUGCAUAUUGAAUUAUCUGAA